CCGUCUUUGGCAACGUCAGCUUGCAAUGGGUGAUGUUGCUGCUGGAUCACAUGUGUAUCCUGCUUCAGCCUAUCCGCCUGGAGCAACAGUGGCUGCACCUCCUGGCAUCACUCCUGUCCUGCCGGUUCACAGCCAACGCCACCAUAUAUUCCCUGCAAAUCCAGCUCAGCUUAGUGCUCAGAACCAGCUUAUGUACGAGCAGUCACAGCAGUAUCAGCAGCAGCUCCAGCAACUGCACCAGAGGCGGCUCCAGCAGUUCUGGGCCCAACAACGGUCAGAGAUCGAGCAGGCCACUGGCAUCAAGAAGCACCCCGUGCAGCUCAAAAGGAUAAGGAAAAUCAUGAAGGCCGAUGAGGGCGUUCACAUGAUCUCGGCAGAGGCUCCGGUGGUGUUUUCGAAAGCAUGCGAGAUGUUGACACUGGAGAUGACGAUGAGGUCAUGGAUGGUCACCGAGGAGAACAAGCGCCAGAUCUUGAAGAAGAGUGACGUUGCCGCUGCUGUUGCUAGGACCGACGUCUACGACUUCCUGGCAGACAUCAUCCAGAUGGACGAGAUGGAGGAGGAGGGAGUCGGGCUUCAGAGAGCCGGGCCGCCGCCACCCUUGGGGGCUCCGGCUGGCGCAUACCCGUAUUAUUACCCGCCGCAGCUGCAGGUGCCAGGUGCAGCAAUGGUGCACGGUGGCCAGCAGGUGCCGCAGGUCCAUCUGCCGCAUGUGUGGAUAGAUCUUCAGGAACAGCAAGAGAAGGAGCAUCAUGCGGAGGAUCAGCAAUCUGAAAGCGGCUGACAACAUGUGAGCCAUCACUAAAAUUCAGUAUCCUCAUUUUAGCCAGGACAUGCAAAGUUCCAAACUAAUUUCAGGUUUUUGCAAUAGCUUAUAUGAUCGUUUGUUUGGUCUGUCGGUAUGGGAGAGAUUGACUGGUUCCUUCAUGCAAGUUUUGUUCUUGUCGCGGUGUCUUUAGCGAAGGGAUUACGCUUCGAGACCAGUUGGUUAAGAUUUACUGUACCGUGUCCGUGUCCAUUUCCGUAAUUCCGUUAUUCCAAGUUGAA